AUGAAACGCCUGGUUUCGCCCAAGAAGAUACAACGUCCUAUCGUUGCGGCGGCGACAUCUUCUUUCAAAAGCCAGGACGGCACGACGAAAGUCCCAGUGACCCUCGAGACCUGUAACACGAAAUUGAAGCUCUUAUCUCAAGGUAGUCAAAGGUACGCCGGAAUUAUCAAUGAUGCCGCAUUAGCCAGGGUCCUCCAGGAGUUUACUAUCAAAGUCGAUGCCAAACUGUUAAUCCCGACAACCUUGAGGAAGAGAACUUCAAAGACAUUGCCUAAAGAGAUCUAUUCUCCCGUUAAUUGCGAUGUUCGAAUUAUCUUCUAUGGACUUGCCGCUGACCAAAACACCAUCGGGAAUAUUCUUGGAGAUGCUGGUCUCUACUUCCAACAUCCAUUAUCCUCAGAGUAUAAUAGCAAUGUGCGGUAUUGGAACCCUCAUUAUCUUCUUCGUCCAGGAUCCCAAAUGCCAACGCCGGAAGAGGCAGAAGAGGACCCAGGAACAAGAUGUGACCGAGCUAUGGAAUCGGAUUUGCUUAAUACAUCAAACGAAGGGCGAUUCAUGAGACUCUUUGAUGAAGCCAGCGACAGCAAUUUGAAGACGAACAUUGAGCCGAGCCGUCGGCUCAGGUCCACGUUGAAAGAGCAUCAAAUUUCUGCCCUCGCCUGGCUGACUGGUAUUGAAGCAAGAGGCAUAAGAGAUGGGGUUUCAUCAUUAUGGGAGCCAGAGAUGGGACUGGGAAAAAGCCUUAGCAUUUUGGCUUUAAUUUGUUCAUCUUUGGAUAUUAUGGAGGUCCAGAAGACUGGAAGUGAAGAGACACAGUCUAGGCAAUCUUGCACAACACUUAUUGUUACACCAAAGUCAAGUAAUCACAUUCAUCCGGGAGCUCUAAAAAUUGCAAUAUAUCAUGGUUCCGACCGACAAAAACUGCAGGAUAGCCUUCAAAACUCCGAUAUAACCCUCACCACUUACGAAACAAUGAGACGGGAUUGGGAAGAGAAUGGAGCUUUAUUUACCAGGCAAUGGUUACGUGUUGUCCUAGACGAAGCACAUCAUAUCAGGGCCAGGGAUUCCAAAACCUUUAAAGCAGCCUGCGACAUCCAGGCUCGGUCCCGCUGGUGUUUAACUGGGACACCGAUUCACAAUUCCCUCGAUGAUUUUGCAGCACUUCUAAGCUUUGUCGGGGUGCCAGUCUUUAUGAAGAAGAGUUUAUUCGAUUUUUGGAUAACAAGACCCAUUAAAGAGAAUCAUCUCUGUGGCUUGCAAAGACUCCGCCUCUUGAUCAAAGGCACCUGCCUGCGACGUACAAAGAAGCUAAUUAAAUUAUCAGAUCAACUACCUGAUCCACGAGAGCAGAUAACAUGGGUAGAAUUGCUACCGGCAGAUCGCGAUUUAUAUACCUUUUUCGAAAAAGAGGCAGCCAACAUAGCAUCAGGAUCUUAUCGAUACAAUAUUGAGAAUUCGAACUCAAAUGAUCAAAAAAACAACAAUAUUCUAAAAUUCAUCAAUGCUCUUCGCUUGAUCUGCGACCACGGGGAGUAUCUUCUUCCUCGGUCAGCUGUUGAACUUUGGAGGACGCCAGGUGAUAAUCUUAUUGACUGGCAAAAGGUUCAAAAGUUUCGCGAAGCAUGCAAUUCCCGGUCUGCGAUCGGUUUCCACAUUUCAUGCCCGCAAGUCAUGUGCAGAAGAUGUCUUACCAGUACUGGAGAAGUUGGGUCUAAGAUUGAAUCAACACACCCAGACAGCUCUUUGCUUAUUCGCAGUGACGGAGAAGGGUCGUAUUCUACAAUUGACAUCCGACCAGGUCAACAAUCGCCAAAAUUGGAAGCGUUGAUUGAGAACCUCCGCCAAGAACAACUUCGUUUUGCUAAGAAGCCACAACAUAGCGUCGUCUUCAGUUGUUGGACUAGAAUGAUAGACCUGACUCAGCAAUGCCUCGAGGCCAACGGCUUUGUCUGCGCACGAAUUGAUGGUCAAAAAAGCCUAGAAGCACGAUCAAAGGCGAUGAAUCAGUUUAAUUUGGACCCAAAAUGCACAGUUAUGCUUGCAACUCUUGGUAGUGCUGCUGAAGGGGUUAAUUUUACAGCUGCCAACAGCGUACAUUUGCUCGAGCCUCAUUGGAAUCCAAUGGUCGAGGCUCAAGCCGUUGACCGCGUGCAUAGGAUAGGACAAUCACGGAAAGUCCUAAUAACAAGAUAUUUAACAAAAGACACGAUAGAAAUGUACGUGCAAUGGAUACAAAAAGAAAAGAUUAGGCUCAUUCAACAAUCACUCGAUUCUCACGAUAUUUCUCAGUUAGAUACCAAUGGUCAACGAUGGAAGGUUAGGAAUUGA